AAUGGUCUCCGUCAACGGCAAAAAAGUGAAGAUUGUCAAGAAGCGAACUCGCCGUUUCACUCGACAUGAAUCUGACCGCUACAUUCGUGUCAAACCAAAUUGGCGCAAACCUAAGGGUAUUGAUAACCGUGUGAGACGUCGUUUCAAAGGCCAACGGAAGAUGCCAAAGAUUGGUUAUCGAAAUGCUCGAGUGACACGUCAUAUGUUGCCUAGCGGUUUUCGAAAAGUUUUGGUUCACAACGUUAAGGAUUUGGAUGUUCUCCUAAUGCAAAACAAGCAAUAUUGUGGUGAGAUUGGGCAUGCUGUUAGCUCCAAAAAGCGAAAGGAUAUUGUUGAACGGGCAAAACAAUUGCGAAUUACUCUGACCAACGGCAACGCUCGUCUUCGUACUGAGGAGAAUGAAUAG